AUGCCACCAUUAUUCACGGAAAACAACAAGGAUUAUGGUCCUUUACCGCCCAAAGAACAGGGAAACCCAGAUUAUCGUCAACCAUUAUAUAUUGGGGAUUGGAAAAGAUCCAUUCCAUAUGUUGAUGAAGAUAUUGCAACUGAUAAUCUAGAUGAACCUCACAUGAAACGAAAAGUCACGAUUCUAAAAAACCAUCCAGAAAUAGAGAAAUUAUACGGAUAUGAUAUUUCUACCGUUCCGAUCGUAAUUGUAGCAGCAGCAGCUCAAAUUGUAGCAUCUUAUGUUUUUGGACGAAUUCUUACUGACUGGAAUUGGACAAUGGUUAUUUAUUGUUACUUUAUUGGUGCUUCUUUAACACAGCUUUAUGGAGUAAUAAUUCACGAGGCAACACAUUCUCUUGCGGCACCAACUAGAUUUCAAAAUAGAAUUGUGGGAUUAUUAGCAAAUAUAGCCUUACCAUUUCCGAUUGCUAUGUCAUUUCGUCGAUAUCAUUUAGAACAUCACACAUUUCAAGGAGUUGUAGGUAUGGAUCCGGAUUUACCAAUGAAAUGGGAAUGGAAAUUUAUUCGUGGAAAUGCACUUCUUAAAUUUAUUUGGUUAAGCACUUAUCCAAUAUUGUAUGUAACUAGAGGGAUUACUAUGCGAAAAAACCCACAAUUUUGGGAGUAUGUUAAUUGGGUUUUUACCAUCACUACCAAUUCUUUGGUUUAUUAUUAUUGUGGUCCUAGAGGAUUGCUUUAUUUGGUUUUAUCAUUAUGGCUUGGAUAUGGUGUACACCCUGCAGCUGCACAUUUUAUUCAAGAACAUUAUACAUUUGAUGAUGGUCAAGAAACUUAUUCAUAUUAUGGAAUAAUGAAUUACUUUUUCAUGAAUAUUGGUUAUCAUAAUGAACAUCACGAUUUUACCAAGGUACCAUGGUCAAAACUUCCAGAAGUAUAUAGGAUCGCACCAGAAUUUUAUAAGAAUCUUGCUUUUCACAAAUCAUGGGUUAUGGUUCAUUGGAAUUUCAUCACCCAGAAACAAUUUGGACCACAAAGUCGUGUCUGUAGAACUGUUGAUGAUCAUAAGAAAGGACGUAAAAUGUUGGGAAAAGUGAAAAAGGAAUUAUUGGAUGAAUGA